CAGCAGCAGCAGCAGCAGCAGCAAAUGGAGCAGCAGCAGCAGCAGAUGGAGCAGCAGCAGCAGCUGGUGAAACAGAAGCGGCUGGUGAAGCAGCCGCAGCGGCAGAUGCAGCAGCAGCAGCAGCAGAUGGGGCAGCAGCAGCACCACCAGGCAGAGCUGCAGCAGCAGCAGCAAAUGAAGCAGCAGCAGCAGAUGAAGCAGCAGCAGCAGAUGAAGCAGCAGCAGCAGGUGAAGCAGCAGCAGCAGCAGACGGAGCCGCUGCAGCAGCAGCAGAGACUUCGCCAGCACUUCGCCCCUGCUGCAGCAGCAGCAGCAGCAGCAGCAGCAGCAGCAGCAGCAGCAGCACGAGCGGCGCCAGUAGCGGCUUUGCAGCAGACACAGCAGCAAACACACGCAGCAGCAGCAGCAGCAGCAGCAGCAGCUGCUGCUGCUGCAGCUACACACGAGCAGCAGCAGUCGCAGCUGCAGCAGCACAAGCAGAGGCCCUCGAGCCCAGCAGCAGCAGAAACAGCAGCAGCAGCGGCAACAACAGCAACAGCAGCAGCAGCAGCAACAGCAGCAGCAGCAGCAGCAGCAGCUGCUGCUGCUGCUGCUGCUGCAGAAGCAAACGAACCUGCUGACAACAGCAGCAGCAGUAUCAUCGCAGGAAGUCUCCAGGGCCAAACACAACUCAGAGUCUUUUUCAAAGUUCUUUCUGAGGGCUUUGGGGGGCCCCCGGGGGGCCCCCAAGAAGGUGUGGGGCCCCACACUUUUGGUGCAGGGGGGCCCCCCAGGGUUUUGCUGCAGAGGGGGCCCCCAGGGCCCCACAUACCCUUCUUGGGGGCCCCCGAGCCUCAACUCAAGACCCGGGGGCCCCCCGCCAGGGGCCCCUGGGGGCCCCCCAGGGGGCCCCCCAGACUGCAGCAGCAGCAGCAGCAGCAGCAGCAGCAGCAGCAGCAGCUGAAUCCGCAGCAGCAAAAAAAAACCACAAGCUUGACCAUGCCGGCGGUCGCUGCUGCUGCGGAGGAAGCCGACGCUGCUGCGCCCCCAGCAGCAGCAGCAGCAGCAGCAGCAGCAGCAGCAGCAGCAGCAGCAGGGGCUGUGGAAGCCGUGCCGCGGGGGCCCCUGCCAGCCUCCGCCCUGGUGCUGGCGGAGGCCCUCAAUGGCUCUUUGUGUCCCUUAAUAAGCGAGUUGGCGCAGCAGCUGGUGCAGCAGCUGCUGCUGCUGCACGAGGAGCACCCCAGUCUCUUCCAACUGGCAGCAGCAGCAGCCCCGGGGGGCCCCCGGGGGGCCCCCGGGGGGCCCCCCUGCAGCGGGGGGCCCCUCCUUUAG